AUGUUCAAGUCUGGCGCUGUUCGGAUCGAGAAAUGUGUACACAAAGAAGGCGAAGAUGAUAUACAGGCCAGGGAGGGACUGUCAGAAGCAAGAGUCGCCGUUCAGGAGAAGAAGCCAAAUACCAGCUGCCCUGAGAUUGGCCGCGAGGACCGAGGCGAACGCAAACGCCGAUUGGAGCUGUGGUUGGGAGCAACAGAGGAAGCUCUCAUAAAACUGGCGGAGCUGUAUGAGAAUCUCAUCCCGCGCCUUGUUCUUGAUUUCGAAGUGCAAUCAGGUCUCCACAUCAUGAGGCGGCUUACUGGAGAGAUCAUCGAGCGGCUGCAGCCACAAGUGAAAAAGUAUCACGAAGCUCAACAAUAUGGCAGAGCAGUUACCCAACGUCUAGUGGACGCUAUAAUACCCACUGCCGAAACGGGCGAUUCGUACGAGGCGCUUGCGGCUCUCCAGGCCGUGAAGCUGUUUCUGACACACAUCGAGAAUCACUUGAGCGCGUUGCUUCCAGCCAGUCAGGCACUCUGGGAUACAGAGUUUGUAGCGGCGGUCAACGAUAGUCUGACGAAUAUCCUUCGACAACAGGCGUGGAUAGGGCAACAAAUCAAAGUUAAGAGCCCACAAACUCUUCUGGUUCCUGUGUCGGUUCCCGAGGAGUUGCAUCAACCAUAUUCGAGCUUGGCCGGAACCUUGCGGUGCUAA